GAUGCGUGUAGGAAAUUCAAGUUCCCGGGAUUUUUUUUUGUGUGGACAUAAAAGGGUUGAAUUAAAAAUUGAACAUUUUUUAGUCAAGACUGACAAAGGUGCAUUUCCAUAUUUGGGGUAACUAAAGAUCAAAGGCUCCUUUCGGUGUUUCAUUCUAAUGAUUGUAUUCGAAAUUGUUUUGGUGAUAUUUCUGUUAAUAACCGGUCGUCAAACAACCAGGAUUAGGAGAUGUCCGAGAACACUGAUGAACUGCGGAAUAUGCUUAUAAGUUUUCGAGUGUCAGAACUGCAAAUGCUUCUUGGAUUUGCUGGCCGAAAUAAGUCUGGCAGGAAAACGGAACUUCAACAGAGAGCACUGGAACUUCUUCGAGUAAGGUCACACCCCAUUCAUCAGAAAAUUAGAGACCUUUACAAGACAAUACAAUCGCAAGGUGGAGCUUUAGCUGGCGCUCCUGCACAGACUACAUCACCUGCUCUUCAAGAGUCCAACUCAUCUCCUCAGUUGAGUAGCACUAUGCCUCAACAACAAACUAAUGUUACCAGGGCUACGGCCACAGUUCAUCCUUAUGUUGAUACUAGGCAAAUAGCUGUGACUCGGCAAACGGCCAUGUACAACCAGCAGGGCAUGGGCCAGAACAUAUAUUACCCCCAGUACGCGCAGCAGAAACCGAACGUCAUGACUGGAAACUUCCCUGUGCAUCCGGAUGUACGAUUCAGGCGGUUGCCGUUCUACGACAUCCUAGCCGAUCUGAUCAAACCGUCGACGCUGGUUCCGCAACGAAACGAACGCAUGCAAGAGCAGCCGUUCUACUUUCACCUUACGCCGCAACAGGCGACGGACAUAGCGAGCUCGCGCGAUAUCAGGCCCGCCGUCAAAUGCGACUACAUCAAGCAGGUGCAGCUCAGGUUUUGUCUGCUCGAAACCACCUGCGAGCAGGAGGACUGUUUUCCGCCUCAGAUCAUGGUCAAAGUCAACAAUAAACUAUGUCCUCUUCCGAAUCCGAUCCCGACGAAUAAACCGGGGGUGGAGCCGAAACGUCCGCCCAGGCCGGUGAACAUCACCCAGAUGGUCAAGCUGAGUCCCACGGUGGCGAAUCAGAUCACAGUCUCCUGGGCCGCGGACUACGGCAGAGGCUAUGCGAUGACCGUCGCCCUGGUCCACAAACUUACCUCGUCGGAUCUGUUGCAGCGGCUCAAGAACAAGGGGGCGAAGCAUUCCGAUCACACUCGCGCGCUGAUUAAGGAAAAACUGAACGACGACGGCGAUGGUGAGAUCGCGACUACCAGCCUGAGGGUGUCGCUUAUGUGCCCGCUGGGCAAGAUGCGGAUGGCAACGCCUUGCCGUCCAAUCACGUGCAACCAUCUUCAAUGUUUCGACGCGUCGCUCUUCCUACAGAUGAAUGAACGCAAACCGACGUGGAACUGUCCCGUCUGCGACAAGCCCGCCUUGUACGAUAAUUUGGUGAUCGACGGAUACUUCCAAGAGGUGCUCAAUUCGGCCAUGCUGGCUUCUGAGUGCAACGAGAUCCAGUUACUGAAAGAUGGCUCGUGGAGCUGUCAGACCGAGAAAAAGCCUAUCAAGUCUGAGAAGGCGGCCACCGCCCCCACUAGUAUUAGCAUCGACGACUCAAUCGAAAUUAUAGAGGACAAUAUCGAAAUUGUGAGCUCGAACUCGACGGCUUCUUCCACCACUGACAAACCGAAAUUGCCGGAGAAGAAGCGCGAGGUAGUCGACUUGACGUUGUCUGAUUCGGACGACGACGAGCCCUUGGCGAAAAGGAAGCCACCCCCCAAGCCCGAUUCGACUAUCAAGUUUAUCGAAUCUCAAAAUAUUUCGUCGACGAGCGCGGGUCAGCAGCGGUCGACGACAACGACGCCCGGACCGUCGUCGGUCUCCAGUUCCGGGUACCCCGCCUCACCCGGCGUCAUCAACCUCGAUAGCCCGUCGCCGCCGCGGUCGCCGCAACCCGCCGCGCAGCACGUCGAGCCGUCGUCGUGCAUGUUGACGCAGACGCAGGCCUCACCCGCGCAGAGCAACGGCAACGUCGUCGCGACGCCAGUCCAGAAUUCCACGCCGCCGGGCUGCAUGCCGUUCCUCGACCUCGAAGGUGAGGGUGGAGGCGGGGGCGGCGCGGUCGCCACGUCGCCGCCGACCAAUUUUAACUUGCCGAAUUUUUAACGAGCCACGACGUCCGACUUUUGACACUUUCGGAGUGCUGCGGACAAAAAUUUUCGGGGGUGCGGAUUUUUAAACAUUUCCUGUUUUUUUUUUUUUUUUCGUUUUUUUUUCCUUGUACCAAAGAACCAAAACAGAGAACCGAUGAUCUGGGUACACAGUGUAUAGAUAGGUUAUAUAAGACGGUAUUUUUAUAUCAAGAGUUAGAGGGGCGGGAUGGUGUGCGUGUUCGAGAAUGUUCUUCGCGAGCGGCCAGUCUGAUGGAGCAUUUAAGAAAACGCGAAAAUGCGUUUUUCCUGCCGCGCGACCUUUACCAUUUUUAUUUAGUUAUAUUAAUGUAUGUGUUUUUUCUUAAUUGUAUUUAUUAUUGUGAAAUUUAAUGCGCCCGGGCCGAUAUUCGGAGCGGGUGCGCACUUGUAUGAUGAUUCAUAAAUAAAAUGUUGUGAA